AUGAGAACCAUAGACAGAGUUUUCUACGCCGUGGGACUUUGGAUCCGUGAUGUUAGCGGCAUUGUUAUUGGAUCUAGAACUAAUAUACAAGACAAUUCACUUGUUCAUGUUGCCAAGUCUAAUAUAACUGGAAAAGUCUUACCAGCUAUCAUUGGAGAUAAUGUCACUGUAGGUCAUAGUGCUGUGUUACAAGGAUGUACUGUUGAGGAUGAGGCAUUUAUUGGCAUGGGUGCAACCUUGCUUGAUGGUGUAUAUGUUGAGAAACAUGCCAUGGUCGAUGCUGGAGCCCUUGCUAGGCAGAAUACAAGGAUUCCUUAUGGAGAGGUUUGUAUGAACCUUCUGUUUUCCUUUGUAGGGAAUGAAAUGUGCUUUGUUCUGUGCUCUUUGUCUCUCUCUUGA